UGUACUGAACAAAACUGCAUCGGCACCAUUUAAGGGACUGGGUGAAAGAUUUUUGCUCUGGAGAAGAGCUUUUAAACACUCUUAUUAAUUGAAUAGCUCACGUAGAGAGAGUAAUUUGUGUAGUUAAUCCAAAAGCCAUUUAUAUUUGGUUUUGGAAGUAUUCUUGAGUGCUUAAAAAUAAUUUUGUCGGAAGUCUCUAUUCUUCUAGCAGAUUAGUGCUGUGUGUUUUGUGGUGACGAUGUAACACCCGUGUUAAUUGAGCCGAACACAAUGCCUUCCCUGUUACAGGAGUUUUUUUAAAAAAAUGACAAAUCCUCCUUUUCCCGCUUAUCUGUUGUUUUUUGUUUGUCUUUCUAUAUGGAAUUUAUCUGACAUGUUUAUAAUCUUCAGAAUCCAUUGCCUUGAAGUCUCUGGUUUGGCUCACAGCUUUUCUCUGAACUGAGAGGAAAGGUCAUGGUGAUAAAUUAAGCUGCAGUGAUUUAUAAUAAAGAGUUAAGAGCAAAAUUGAUGUCAGAGGAUUUAGCAAAGCAGCUGGCAAGCUACAAAGCUCAACUCCAGCAAGUUGAAGCUGCAUUGUCUGGAAAUGGAGAAAAUGAAGAUUUGCUAAAAUUAAAGAAAGAUUUACAAGAAGUUAUAGAACUAACCAAAGACCUUCUGUCAACUCAGCCUUCUGAAACUCUUGCAAGUUCAGACAGUUUUGCUUCUACUCAGCCCACUCAUUCAUGGAAAGUAGGAGACAAGUGUAUGGCAAUCUGGAGUGAAGAUGGACAGUGUUAUGAAGCGGAGAUUGAGGAGAUAGAUGAAGAAAACGGUACCGCUGCAAUCACCUUUGCUGGCUAUGGCAAUGCUGAAGUGACUCCACUGUUGAACCUCAAGCCUGUAGAAGAAGGAAGGAAGGCAAAGGAGGACAGUGGCAACAAACCCAUGUCAAAAAAAGAAAUGAUUGCCCAGCAGCGUGAAUAUAAAAAGAAGAAAGCUUUGAAAAAAGCACAGAGAAUAAAAGAACUUGAGCAGGAAAGAGAGGACCAGAAGGUGAAAUGGCAGCAGUUCAACAACAGAGCCUAUUCUAAAAACAAAAAAGGCCAGGUAAAGAGAAGUAUUUUUGCUUCACCUGAGAGUGUAACUGGCAAAGUUGGAGUAGGAACUUGUGGAAUUGCUGAUAAACCCAUGACACAGUAUCAAGAUACCUCUAAAUACAAUGUCAGGCAUUUGAUGCCUCAAUAAUCAGAAAAACUGUUGGAUUUCAUCUCUGCAGGGCUUUACAUUUACCUUUUUAUCCUUAUAUUUUUCUAAAGGUAAAUUAUUUGUUAGAUGAGUAAGGAAGAUACCAUUGUCGUCAUUGUUUGACUUCAAUAGAAUGAAACUUGAAGAGAUUGCAUUUGAUACCUAUUCAUUUAACUUUUUUCAUUACUACUACCAGUGUUUCCUCAAAGUUUGUUGGAUAAAGCAACUUUUCUAGAUAGAUGCUGCAUAAACACAGCACUUAGAUGAAAUGUUGAUUUUUCCUAAUAUCAGGCCCCCACUUAAUGGAUGGUAGAUACUUUUUGUAAAGUCCUAAUUUGGAAUUUUCACAUGCUUUGAACAUGCCAUAUAUUCUAACAAUUCACUGGAACAUCAAGGCAAAAUAUCAACCUGCUAAAGAGAUCAUCUUUUCAUUUUUUUUAUCUUCAGCUUAAACCUCACUGUUGCCUAAUUAAGCCUAAAAAUAGGUUAAUUUAUAAAUGGUAAAGUGAGGUUUUUCCUUGUUUCCUAAGCCCGUUAGACCAUCUCUAAAAUUGAUCCAGCUCUUUUAUUCUUUUCAUUGGGUUUUAGUUUUGUAUAAGAAACAAUGUUUAGGACCAGCUACCUUUUCUAAUGUUUUUUUUUGUUUGUUUUGUACGUUUGCUUUCUUCUUGUGUUGAUUUUUCAUUUAUGGUAGUGGUACCAUUUUUUGGAUGUGUAAUGUUUAUAUGAGAAAACAAAAAGCUGAUGUAUAGCCCUGUAUACAGUGUAGAUACUAUUUUUGUAAAAAACCAAGGCUAAAUUAAUGAACAAGAGUACUGAAUGUUUCAUCAUUAAAAAUUUACUGUAUUUCUUGUGCAUUAAUCUGACCAUAAUUUCCCUGUAUAUUAUGUUCAUGUAGCUGAGUUUGUAAUUUUUGUUAACUAGAUCAAGAUGUCAGCAUUUCUUGGUAUAAGUGAACGUCACAGUUAUCCUGAGUUGAGUUUAAGCCAAAUAUAUGCAUAGAAAAGGGCCUUCCUAUUAAUGGAAGACGGUGAUUUUUAGGAUGUGUGUUAAUUUCAGUUUUUGUAUGUUUAACUUUUAUUAAAUAAAGUGUUUUUAAAAUCUCCAGGGUGUGUUAACAGAAGGGUGAAGUCUUAGCUACCAGCACUGAUAGAGUGAUUAAGCCUCACUAUACUUGCAUACAUUAUUUCCACAGAGAACACUGAGUAUGUGAUAAAAGUUUCAGUAAAUCUUAUGUACUCCUUCCAUUAGACCUAAGAAAUUGGAUCCUAAAGAACAAACCAGUUUUAUUUCAAGGCUUUGUGGUGUGUAUACAAGUGUUAAAUUUUUGGUAGAAGGGAAAAAGAAAAAUUUUUCUUUCAUGAAUUUUAUUCUUUUACUUUUGGUAAGUUGAGGCUUUUAGGAGGAUAGUGAUGAGCGGCAGAAUUCUUUAUAUUGCCCCUCUACCUCCCUCCCAACCCAGGAGAUCACUGUUUUUUUUUCCUAUAAGUGAUGGCCAUAGGGUAGAGCAUGUAGGACAGAAUGAAAGGUGAAGUAUUUUUUUUAAUACAAGACACAAAUUACAGUAGAAAAAGGGCUACUUAACCUGAAAAACUUGUAAAUUAUAUUAAUGUUCUUGUUACCAGUGUAACAAACAUCUUAAGAAUGUACUAAAAGUCAACAGUAUCCUUAAAGGACUGCAAGAGAACCCUUUGAAUUAAAAAACAUUUUUAAAGAAA